AUGACUUCAAUAGAAUCAUCAACAUCAUCAUCCAGAAUAACUCAACCUGAACAGCCCAUUAGUAAUACUUCUACCACCACCGAUGAAACCAUUACAUUAAACUCUGCUAACUCUCCUUCUACCCCUCGAAAGGCUUCCAUAAUGACGAAUACUUCUUCAAUAAUAACAACAACUGAUAACCACCACUACUCAACUACCACUUCUCCUCCAAAUAAUAAUAACCAAUUUUCAACUCCUUCAUCAAAUAAUAAUAAUCACACUACUCCAAUGAUGCCACCAUCAACAACAACAAUAACACCGAGUCAAACAAACAGACAAUCCAUUGAAAAUGUUAAUAAUAAUUAUUCAUCUCCAAUAACUCCAAUGAAUUUAGACCAAAUUGGUAAACUGGUCGAUGAUAUGGGAGAGUUGAGUGGAAAUGGUUUUCUGAGUAGAAGUAGUUCUACUCACAGUUAUCACGGAAGUACAAAUAGUACAACAAUUUAUAAUGAUAUUGAUAUUGUUAAAGUGGCUCAAUUCUUUGAUAAUUUAGAUGCUUCUUCGUUGGAUGAAGAUACUUGGAAGGAGUUGGUGUUGAAUUGCUUUGUUCCAUCAUCACAACAUUUAUCUGCCAAGAAGAAGAAAGUUAACAGAAAGCAUUCGAAAGCAAACGAAACCAGCCAAGUUGAGCCAUUGAUUGAAAAAGAUACAGUUGCGGAAACUAGUGCCAAAUCAAUAAUUUUAGAUACCACAACUUCGGUAUUAUCUUCAAAGGGAAGUGCUUUAAUGGACUUGAGUGGUCUCUAUCACAUUUCUAUUCAUUCUCUCUACCGAUUGAAACAAUUACUCUACUUUAGAUUCUUCUUCUUUACAACUGGAUCUAUGAAAUUGAGUGGUAACGAAUCAUCAACUCUUACUGUCAGUAACAGUCUCAGUGUUAAUAGAAAUAGUAUAAAACUAAACAGGAACAGUACUAGAUUCGCAGACCUCCAAUCUCUUGGCAGUCCAUCAAGUAGUACUGGAUCACCUACACGUGAAGUUGAAGUCAUGUCAAGGAAGGAAUUUACCUCCAUGAAAGAGGACGUUCUCGACACUUGGAAACAAUUUAAAUUUGCAACGGAACCAUCUUUGAAAUUAUUGUGGACUAAAUAUUUACUCAAUACCAAGUUUAAUUCUAUUCAAAAGUGUACACUAAUGCACUUGGCAUCCAAGUACAAUCAGAGUGUUAUUAUGGAAUGGUUAUUUGAUGAAUGUGGACCUGAUUUCUUAUUUGUUUCGGAUGCCAUGAAAAUGACUCCACUCUUUUAUACUUCCUUCUUUAAUGCUACUGAGAGCUGUGCAUUCUUGUGUACGAAAAUUAAGAGUUCAACAAUCAAGACAGGAGUUUCAAGAGCUAGAAAUGGAUCAGAACUUGUGGCCAAUCCACAUUCUAAUAGUGGAGGAGGCUCUGGAAGAAAGAGCUUUUUCGGUAAUAAGAAUAAGGCAGAUGUUCCUUCACCAACUAGUUCAUCUCCUGCUACUGGAGCUUCAUCUCCAUAUAAUAACAAUGCAUUGGAAAAGAUUAUUCAACAAGUGGAUGAUGAAUUUGGAUACAAUGUAUUUUAUGUAGCAUUGAAGAGAGGUUGCUUUGCAGUGUGUGACAUGCUCAUUUUGUUUGGUGCUUCAUUGGAUACUACAAUUCGUGGAGGUGAAACCAUGUUGCACCGUGCUUGUUUCGAAUUACCAUUGGAUAGAAUAGUUUAUCUCAUUCAGAAGGGAGCUAUUUUACUAAAGAAGGAUCAAAAAGGAUGUGUUCCACUCUUCAAUCUUGUUGGGAGAGAAGUUGAGGUACAACAAGUGCCAACUCAACCUUCACCAAGAACUCUCUCCUCACAAAACUCAACAAAGGAUGUAAUUAAUGCUGCUGAUGAAAAAUCGGUAGAAUCAAAGAGAGAAUCAUCUCAAGUACCAGAUGAAGAUUUACUUUUGAUUGAAGAAUUCCUUCUCGAACAUGAAAUGUCCAAGGAAAAAGAUGAGGAUACCAUCAAUGAAUCAACUAAAUAUGACUCACCUAGAGUUGACUCAGUUAAACAAUCAUCAGAACAUAGUGAUAAUACUCCAAUUUCGAAUAGAGCUCCAUCACCAACAACUAGUGUUUCUAGUUGUGAUACUGACGUUUCUGCUGAUAUUUUCCAAGAAUUGGAUGAAAUGUUUGUUGGUGAAUCUGGUGAAGUCAAUUAUGAAAAUAAGAACAAACUCUUAACAAACGAUAGAAGAAAGAAGAGAGAACCUCUCAAGCUUCCUGCUGCACUCAAAAUGAGAUCAGACUCAUUGGCUGCUCUUUCAGGUAUUAAUGGAAUGGCAGGAGGAGGUUAUACCAGUAAUCAACAAGGUGUCCUUCUUGAAGAUUCUAUCAAGAUUAAAUCAAGCCCAAUUCAAAAUAAUUCAUCACCCUCUCCAGCCAAUUCCAAAACCAAUACAAAUGGUUCUAGAUUCCCUAAUCACAUUAGUCACUUCCUUCAAGAUGAAUUCCAAUUGAAGAAGAAUAUUAUGUUCAAAGCCAUGGAGUUGCUUGUUCCUCAAAUGGGAUGGUCAACCAAGACACUCAUUCUCUCAGCUAAAAAAUUCUAUGGCUUGAGUGAACAAGAGGCUCGUGACUUGUUUUACAAUGAUCCUUCAGAGAGAGCUAAGAAACUCAAUCCUGAACUAAGCAAGAAUAAUUCUCAAACCAACAAUUCAUCAACAGAAAGUAACAACAACAGUGUACUGAAACGAAAACAACCAAUUUUGGAGGCAAUUUUGCCAUACAUUUCUAGAGAGCAAUUCAUUAAAGUUUUGAAGAGUCAAAAUUAUCAUGGAAGAAAUAUUCUACACGAUUGUGUAAUUAAGGGUGAUUUGAAAUCCAUGCAAUUGAUUAUUAAUGAGCUACUUCAACCUAGAAAGAGUACAUUAGGAUCGGCCCUCAGAUUAGCACCAAAGAAUGUAGAGCUCACACCAGAACAAAAGCUUGCAGAAAAACAAAAAUAUGACGAAGAGUCUCAAGAAAAUAUUGAAGUCCUCAAUGAGUUGUUGAUGGAACCAGAUAAUGACAAACAUCAAACUUGUCUUGCAUAUGCUUGUAGCGACAGCAAUACAUUUGCUGUAAGAUAUCUCCUAUCACUGUAUAAUAUUGUUGGUGUUCAAAUGAACAAGAGACCUAGUGUUGCAGCUAGCUCUGUUGCAAAUUUAUCACCAAAUCAAAAUACCACUCCAACUUCAGGAGGUCUCCUUUCAACACCAAGAGAAAAUAGUAGAAGUGCUUCAACUACAAAUCUAUCGAGUCCAAGAGUAGAACCAAAACAAACAUUAAUGUACAAGGUUUUACACUUGAAAAAUAAGCAAGGUAAAACACCAUUAGAUAUUGCCAAAUCGUCUCAUGUUCCUUGUGACGACAUUAUUGAAAUGCUUACUCAAUCCCUUGAGAAGGGAGGCUCCUCUUCAGAUAGUGGUUCCUCAUCUGCUUUCCAAUUUUUCAAACGAAAAAAGAAAUAA